AGCAAACUCAGAAAACUGCUGAGGAAGGCGCAGAGCUGUGGCCAGGCUUGCAUGGAGGACCGCUCUUUCUCCAAGUCCCCUCUGGAGUUUGAGUCUGCCCAUGGCAUUGGCCUUUCCGCUCAGGCAGCCCUCCAGGGCCCAGUGUCUGCCAGGACUCUGCCACGAACUGGCUGGGACAGACUCAUGUGACGUGUGCAACAGCACCAACCUUCCAGAAGUUGAGAUCAUUAGCCUGCUGGAGGAGCAGCUGCCCCAUUACAAGCUAAGAGCUGACACCAUCUACGGUUACGACCACGAUGACUGGCUGCAUACACCUCUCAUCCCAGAUGCCAACAUUGACCUCACAACCGAACAGAUUGAAGAGACGCUGAAAUACUUCCUUCUAUGUGCUGAAAGAGUUGGCCAGAUGACUAAGACAUACAAUGACAUAGACGCUGUCACCAGGCUUCUUGAGGAGAAAGAGCGGGAUUUGGAGCUGGGCCGGAUCGGCCAGUCAUUGUUGAAGAAGAACAAGACCCUAACUGAGAGGAAUGAACUACUGGAAGAGCAGGUGGAACACAUCCGGGAGGAGGUGUCUCAGCUCCGACAUGAGCUGUCCAUGAAGGAUGAGCUGCUUCAGUUCUACACCAGCGCUGCCGAGGAGAGUGAGCCCGAGUCUGUCUGCUCAACCCCACUGAAGAGGAAUGAGUCAUCCUCCUCCGUCCAGAACUACUUCCACCUGGAUUCCCUUCAGAAGAAGCUGAAGGACCUCGAAGAGGAGAAUGUUGUACUUCGAUCUGAGGCCUGCCAGCUGAAGACCGAGACCAUCACCUAUGAGGAGAAGGAACAGCAGCUGGUGAACGACUGUGUGAAGGAGCUGAGGGAUGCCAACGUCCAGAUUGCGAGCAUCUCAGAGGAGCUGGCCAAGAAGACAGAAGAUGCUGCUCGCCAGCAGGAGGAGAUCACGCAUCUGCUGUCGCAAAUUGUGGACUUGCAGAAGAAGGCAAAGGCUUGUGCAGUGGAAAAUGAAGAGCUCGUCCAGCACCUGGGCGCCGCCAAGGACGCCCAGCGGCAACUCACAGCAGAGCUGCGUGAGCUGGAGGACAAGUAUGCGGAGUGUAUGGAAAUGCUUCACGAAGCACAGGAGGAACUGAAGAACCUGCGGAACAAGACGAUGCCCAACACCACGUCCCGGCGCUACCACUCCCUGGGCCUGUUCCCCAUGGACUCCUUGGCUGCAGAAAUUGAGGGAACUAUGCGUAAGGAGCUGCAGCUGGAAGAGCCAGAGUCUCCAGACAUCACCCAUCAGAAGCGUGUCUUCGAGACCGUGAGAAACAUCAAUCAGGUGGUCAAGCAGAGAUCACUGGCCCCCUCCCCUAUGAACAUCCCCGGUUCCAACCAGUCCUCAGCCAUGAACUCCCUCCUGUCCAGCUGCGUCAGCACCCCCCGCUCCAGCUUCUACGGCAGCGAUGUUGGCAACGUGGUCCUUGACAACAAGACCAACAGCAUCCUCCUGGAAACUGAGGCAGCUGACCUGGGGAAUGAGGAGCGCAAUAAGAAGCCAGGCACCCCAGGCACCCCAGGCUCCCACGACCUGGAGACGGCACUUAGGCGGCUGUCCCUGCGCCGGGAGAACUACCUGUCUGAGCGGAGGUUCUUCGAGGAGGAGCAGGAGAGGAAGCUGCGUGAGCUGGCUGAGAAGGGCGAACUGCACAGUGGCUCACUCACGCCCACCGAGAGCAUCAUGUCCCUGGGCACACACUCACGCUUCUCGGAGUUCACUGGCUUCUCCGGCAUGUCCUUCAGCAGCCGCUCUUACCUGCCUGAGAAGCUGCAGAUCGUGAAGCCGCUCGAAGGUUCAGCCACGCUUCACCACUGGCAGCAAUUGGCCCAACCUCAUCUUGGGGGCAUCCUGGACCCCCGUCCUGGUGUGGUCACCAAGGGCUUCCGGACCCUGGACGUUGACCUGGAUGAAGUGUACUGCCUUAACGACUUUGAGGAAGAUGACACAGGUGACCACAUUUCCCUCACGGGCCUAGCUACCUCCACGCCAGUUCAGCACGCGGAGACCUCAGCGCACUACCCGGGGAAAUGCAUGUCGCAGACCAAUUCCACUUUCACCUUCACCACCUGCCGCAUCCUGCACCCUUCAGACGAGCUCACGCGGGUCACGCCAAGCCUUAACUCAGCCCCAGCUCCGGCUUGUAGCAGCACUAGCCACUUGAAAUCCACACCAGUGGCCACGCCAUGCACCCCCCGGAGACUGAGCCUGGCGGAGUCCUUCACAAAUAUCCGCGAGUCCACAACCACCAUGAGCACAUCCCUGGGACUGGUAUGGUUACUGAAGGAACGAGGCAUCUCGGCGGCUGUGUACGACCCCCAGAGUUGGGACAGAGCCGGCAGGGGCUCCCUCCUCCACUCCCACACCCCUAGGAUGGCUGUGAUCCCAUCCACCCCACCAAACUCUCCCAUGCAGACACCCGUGGCCUCCCCGCCCUCCUUCGAGUUCAAGUGCACGAGCCCUCCCUACAGCACCUUCCUGGCCUCCAAGCCCGCCAGCUCCAUCCUGAGGGAGGUGAGGGAAAAGAAGCACGUGAGGAGCAGCGAGAGCCAGACCGACGUGUCUGUCUCCAGCCUCAACCUUGUGGACAAAGUCAGGAGGCUGGGGGUGGCCAGAGUGGUGAACUCAGGACGAGCACAUAUCCCCACCUUGACUGAGGACCAGGGACCUCUCCUCCGUGGAGCCACAGGGCCAGCACAGGCUCUUGUUCCUGGGGGCCUGGUGCCCGAGGGCCUGUCUCUGGGGUGCCCCAGUGGCAUCCGACGGAAUCGCAGCUUCCCCACCAUGGUUGGGUCCAGUGUGCAGAUGAGAGCCCCCGUGAUCCUCACCUCGGGCAUCUUAAUGGGUGCUAAGCUUCCCAAACAGACUAGCUUGCGGUGAGGCCAGGGGCGCUGCCCUCCAGGAGACCAGCGUUUUCCUCUAUCUGCUCCUCGCCUCCUGUCUCCCACAGAGCACUCACACCCUUUCCCCUCUGAGGUCUACUUCUCCUGAGCUAGACAAAUCAACCUUGUGCCUCGUGGGGGGAGAGUGGAACUCCACACGGUGUGUACACAGGCCUUGGGGACCUGGUGUCUGCUCUCUUCCACUGUGCAGGAAGGGAUAGCCCAAAAGGUUACACUCUGUGAUGUCACCUGAGCUCACCCGGGGGGAAGGCGGCAUCUUUUCUUCUUUACUUUUAAGAAGCACUGAAAUUCCCAAGGGUGUUCUUAUCCCAUGGAUAGGAACCUGGUGAAUCCUGCAUAAGACUGUCGGGUUGCACACCAUAGCGCCGCACGGCGCAGGCCACAAUGCAUCCUUAUCCUGUGUCGCUGGCCUCCUUGCCCACCUUGACAGCCCACAGCGCUGCUCAGCAUCAGAGAGCUGUUCUUCUGUUGUAGGUGGUCCAACUUCAUCAAGAUCUGCUCUGAUGGGUUGUCCGUUCUUCGGUGUGACCCGAAGUCACCCUGUGUCUGUCAUCAGCUGACAGGCUCAGAGCCUGACCUGAAAAGAAUGUAUUUAUGCUCUGACGCACCAUCAGGCAGUCCCUCUAUGUUCUGUGUGACUGAUUUUUUCAUUUUUAAAAAUUUUAUUAGCAGGGAA